GGAUGGUUGGAAGAUGAAUGCAUAUGCAUCUUGGUGUAAUGUUUCUGGUGUGGAAGGGUGGAUUGUUUGUGGCUCCGCUAGUUUUCUUAUUGGUGUGGGUUUCAAGAGAUUUAGAAUGGCGUGAAAAAUCGAGAUGCUCGAGGUGAAAGCUAUUGAAGAAAACCAUUGAACAGUUUGGUAACUCAAUUCCUCACUUCACAUUGAAUCUGAUUCUUUGGAAGUUAUUGCCUCUCUGCGGAACGACCUCUCCGAGAUACAAAAAAUUGUUUCCUGUGACGUUUUGAAGUUAGCUAACCUUCUUGGGAAUGUUCAGUUCUGGUUUUGUUCUAGAUGUUGUAACUUGGCAGCGCACUAUCGGGCUACAUUGGCUUGGUCCAAUGUUUUGUUUUCUUUUUUGGGCUUUAAUGAGCCUCUCUCAUGAUGGAAGUUGGCGCUUCUGGGUUUGUAAUAUCCCGCGUUGGGUGUCCCCUAUUAUUAAUGGAGAGGCUCUCUAAUGGUUCCUCGUUGGUUUAUAUUAUUCCCUCUUCCUGAGAAAAAAUCAAAAUGGAAGGCACAGCUUCUAUUUUUCAAACUGCGCAGUUGCUAGAUUAGAGGUUUCAAUCCUUAUUUUUCUUGCCCACUCUAAGAAACCUUCGCUAUCCGAUUUCUUUGGAGAUCUAAUUUGCAAUCCUUCAACAAUCAAAUCGGUUAGUUGAUCUUUGAAUCCCUGUUUUUCCAUUUCCUUCGAUUUGCAUCUAAAUUGGGCUGCAAAUCAAUUGAAUAAUAGGUUUCUUGAAUUUAUUUAUCAAUCACGUAACUCUGAUUUGUGCGAAAAUUAUGAGGUUUUUGCCAUUUCGUAGAUUUUCCACUCUGCUGGGCUCUGUACCCAGAACUUAUGCUUCUAUAAGCCCUAAAUUCGAUUUGAGUUUAGGAAAAAGGAAUCGGGAUUCAAUUCCAAUACCUCAUCGGUCAAUUCCCGAACCCAGAGGACCAGACCUUGAUUUUGUUAACGUGGUACACAGCCAUCUGAUUCAUUCGGAUUGGAGUAAGCUUGAUUGUUUGUCAAUGGGUCUGACAGCAUUCAGAGUCAAACACAUUCUACUGAAAACCCAGAAGGAUUAUGUACUUUCGCUCGAGUUCUUCAAUUGGGUUGCGACUCAAAAUCCUUCUUCUCAUACUCUUGAGACCCAUUGCAUAAUACUCCAUAUACUUACUAAACGUAGAAAAUUUAAAUCUGCAGAAUCAAUUUUGAGGAGUAUCAUAGAAUCGUGCUCUAUUGACUUUCCUUCUAAGUUGUUUGAAUCCUUAUUGUACUCCUACAGACUGUGUGAUUCUUCCCCGCAUGUUUUUGAUCUGCUUUUCAAGACUUUUGCUCAUUUGAAGAAGUUUAGAAAUGCCUCUGAUACAUUUUGUAGGAUGAAAGAUUAUGGAUUUUUACCCACUGUGGAAUCAUGUAAUGCAUAUCUCAGCUCCUUGCUUAAUUUCAGCAGGGGUGAUAUUGCGUUGGCGUUUUAUCGGGAAAUGCGGCGUAGUCGAAUAUACCCAAAUUCAUAUACACUCAACUUGGUUAUUUGUGCUUGCUGUAAAUUGGGAAGAUUAGAUAAAGCCAAUGUGGUGUUUGAGGAAAUGGGAACCAUGGGGUUUUCUCCAAAUGUUGCAUCUUAUAAUACACUCAUUGCCGGCUACUGCAAUAAAGGUCUUCUGAGUUCAGCCAUGAAGCUUAGAAGUGUAAUGGAAAAAAAUGGAGUUCCUCCAGAUGUUGUCACAUUUAAUACACUUGUCAAUGGGUUCUGCAAGGUUGGGAAGCUGCAAGAAGCAAGUAAACUAUUUGGUGAGAUGAAAGGGAUGAGUUUAUCUCCUACCACAGUCACAUACAACAUUUUGAUAAAUGGCUACAGCAAAGCAGGCAAUUGUGAGAUGGGCAAUAGACUUUUUGAGGAGAUGUCAAGGUUUCAAGUUAAAGCUGAUAUUCUUACUUACAAUGCCCUGAUCUUGGGACUUUGCAAAGAGGGAAAGACAAAGAAAGCAGCAUAUCUGGUUAGAGAGCUUGAUGAGAAGGGUCUUGUUCCGAAUGCUUCAACCUUUUCUGCUCUAAUUUAUGGGCAAUGUGUACAGAAACAGUCGGAGCGAGCAUUUCAAAUAUAUAAAAGCAUGAUAAAAAGUAGUUUUACUCCUUGUGAUCAGACCUUUAGGAUGUUGCUGUCCACUUUCUGUGAGAACGAGGAUUAUGAUGGAGCAGUCCAAUUAUUAGAGGAAAUGUUGAAUAGACAUAAGGCACCUGAUGUGAAUAAUUUAUAUGAGCUUUGUGCUGGACUUGGUCAGUGUGGAAAGGUUAAAACAGCUAUGAUGUUAUGCAGUGAGUUGGAAGCUCAACGUCUAUUGCCAGAAGGUUUUGACAAACUCAAGGCAUUCGGUUUGUUGCCCGAUAACAAAGAUGCAUUUGGAUAGUUAACCAUUUUAUGUAGUAUCAUUUUGAUAAGAGUUAUCGUUAUGGGAUUUACAAGAAAUCCUUUCUGGUUCCUCAUUCCAAAAGGAUAAAAAAACUGACCUAAGAUCUAUCUUCUUGUGCUUGUGCAGCAUACAAGAUAGCUACAUUUUGGCCUUGAUGGUGCCUCAAACGACUUGAAACAUACUGCGUAUUGACUUUUGUUUAGCAGAUGAUUUGCAGUUUUCUGUCAACAGCUCUAUCACAUGAUUCAAUCCAAGUUGAUUACCAAUGUGAAGGAACUAUGUAACUUAUGUUAUGCACCAAACAGGUAUCCUUGCCUUGCCCGUCAACGCUUCCUUGAAAUUUUCAUGGGCUCUCACUCUGUCAUUAAUGUCCGAUAGUGGAGGAUUUAAUUGUCGGCAACGUUGGUUCUGGGACGCAUGGUCUUUUUAGAUACUGUGGACAAUGACUACUGGGCAUCUCCUGAAACUUCACCACUCCAACAUCAAUGGAAUUCAAACUGUUCAGAUUGAAAUCAACUUUCAAGUUAGAUUGGUCUAGUUAUGGAUCUUUAAAAACCAAUGUAGUUAGUUGGUUCAUCUGUUCAGUGAAGAAUCUUUGUAUAUUCCUUCGUACUGCCGGAAGUGAACAUUUUUAAUAAUGAUGAAAAAAGCCAGCUAUAUUGUUGCUGAUUGAGUUGAUAUUUUAAAAUUUGGUUCCGUUUUCUUUUUUUUAA